UUUCUCAGUUUGCCUCAUGGCAGCAGCAGCACCCCUGCAUUUCAAAGAUACCCCAACCCAUGCCCAGCAAAUAGUGACAGUCUAUGGCAUCUUACAGCAGACCCUCCCAGAAUGCACAGUUUGCUUGCCCAGCACCCACAUUGAACCAACACCUCAAUCUCAAUUUAUUGACCCGUUUGAACAUCACGCAAAUAAGUUGUAAAUGGACUAAAUGAAUUAAUUAGUUUUCCCUGCGGGUCCCAUUCCUCAAAGCUAGCUAAUAACAAACCCAAAGGCUGCCCUUCCUGCCUAAGUCCCGCCUCCUCGGCCAAUCACAACUUAAAGGCGCGCUUGAUUGACGGCAUUCAGGGGCGUGGUUUUUAGAAGCACUCUGGGCGUGGGCAGCCCACAUUGUUUCUGAGCGGAGAAUGCAGCAGCUGCAUAGAGAGCAACGCCCAGGCCGCCCAUUCAUCUGCUCCCUGCAGCUCUGCUACUUGUACUGUAUGUAUUGCACUCACAUAGCCGGCCAUUCUGAUCUGUUGCACCUUUCGCCCUGAUGCUUGAUCUGGGUAUUAUCUUCAAUGCGAGGGAGAGCAGCUGACUUUAAUGUGUGGGGAUCACCUGCUACGGACCUGUGGCGAAAAGGGGGAAAUUUGUGUCUUCCUGGCUUCUUCCCUUUUGCACAGUAUAGCUUGCCAGGUACACCUUAAGUAUUAGAGGGACCUUCUGACUGACAAGUGAACGAAUCCACAAGGGCUGACUGAGGGAGGGUCUUCAACAAUGACGGAGUACAAGUUGGUAGUGGUCGGGGCUGGUGGUGUGGGGAAGAGCGCACUAACGAUUCAGCUUAUACAGAACCACUUUGUGGACGAGUAUGAUCCUACCAUAGAGGAUUCCUACAGAAAACAGGUGGUUAUUGAUGGAGAGACAUGCCUCUUGGACAUAUUGGACACAGCCGGGCAGGAGGAGUACAGUGCCAUGAGGGAUCAGUACAUGAGGACAGGAGAAGGCUUUCUCUGUGUCUUUGCUAUUAACAACACCAAAUCAUUUGAGGAUAUUCACCAGUAUAGGGAACAGAUUAAAAGGGUAAAGGACUCGGAUGAUGUCCCAAUGGUGCUGGUGGGUAAUAAAUGUGACCUUCCUGCCCGGACAGUGGAGACUCGUCAAGCUCAAGACUUGGCCAGGAGUUAUGGAAUCCCCUACAUAGAGACAUCUGCCAAAACAAGACAGGGAGUAGAAGAUGCCUUUUACACAUUGGUGAGAGAGAUCCGUCAGCACAAAUUGCGGAAGUUGAAUCCUCCCGAUGAGAGUGAAAAAGGUUGUCUGAAUUGCAAAUGUGUAGUAUCCUGACUAGGGUCUUCAGGUCAUUACUUGGCCAGAUAGUGUUUUUCCUGCUCUUCCUCCAGACAAGAGUGAUCAAUGCCAAUUUGGGUUAGGACUGGAAGAUAUAGGGAGGCUAUAAAGUUAAGAGAAUUUCUAUGAAGAUGUUUUUGGGUCAAAUCUGGAAAUUAUAUGCCGAUGUCCAUUAAUUAAUUAUACCUUGGAUUAUAAUGUCACGCCAAUAGGUGUUACUCUGCCAGCAAAGGGGUUAUUAGCAUCCCAAUGGACAGUAAAUGCCAACCCCCUUCUGGAAGCAAGUGACUGUAAUGACUGUGCCGUAUUGUAUUAAUUGUUGCUGGAUAAUGCGAUAAAUUGGAACUGGAACCAGAUAUGUAAUUCAAGAGAUUGUAAUUAAGGGAUGGUUUUACCAAAUGAAUAACAGAGUAUGCUUUAGUUCUAUCCUUUCUACACCAACGUCCUCUAAAAUGUUUUUGUGGUCAUGUUUGUGCAUAAUUGGUGCCACCUCACUGGUAUGUGGGAAUACAUGCAACUUUUCCGCACAUUGGUCUCCUGUUUCAUAACAACCUUUGGGUUUCCACUGUUUCGCUGUCCCGAAAGGAGAAGAAAAGGUAUAUAAUAUAAUAAUGAUUUGACAAAUGGUAGCCCUCAUAGUACUGUGUGUAUUUUACGCUAAAGUACCUCUGUGCUGUCACCUAUAAUUUCUCCAUUCUUGUAACUAACUGGUGCCAUUUUGGAUUCCUUUGAUGUUACUUCCCUGGUGCUUUACCGAUGAUUGCUGCUCCUUUUUUUGUGUGAGCCAAUUCACUCUAGAUGCAAAAUAUAUUCAAAUAGAGCACUCGUAUCUUAUUAAUUCUGCAGCCAACAAGCUCAUUCACCUGGCCCACAGUUCUCCAAUAUAUAACAAGACAGUGACACUUUGUUUACCAUUGGCCAGCACUGUACAGUAGAUGUUGCUAUUACUACCCGUGAUAAUGUGGACUAGCCAUGUGACUAGGGUUACCACCUGGCCAGUAUUUUACCGGCCUGGCCAGUAAAAAUGAUGACUGAUCUCAAUGUUAUUAAUAGGGAAAAAAGAUAAAUAUAUAGGAAGGCCGGUAUUUUUUUCCACAAAAGAUGGCAACCCUACAUUUGACCCAUGCUUAGUCUCUUAUGCAGAAAAGUGAAUUUUUUUGGGAGGAGCUGGAGCUGUAAGGAACUCCUGGUACUGGAACUCUGGUGAUGUAGGCCAAGUUUAAGAUUAUUAUUUGGAAGAGGGAAGACAAAACCAACUGCAAUGAAAGAAAAAAACACUACAAAUAUCAGUAAAACCAUAAAAAUAGUAUGUGUGGCUGAUGUGCUCAGGAGGAAGUAUUAUUUAUUCCCAUUAACUAUAGAUGGAGCACACCUUACUGAGGUCUCUAGAUCACAUGGCUGUUGGCUGUGUCUUUAUUCGACCCCUUUAGAAAUGACGAGACAGAUACUUCAGUAAUUUCCUAUCCUUGGUUUAAAUAACCUAAACCCAUUCUUUUAGUAAAUAUUAAUUAUUUUCAUUGGUCCUUGCACCAGUGGCAUCUCCAUGUUUCCUACCAUGUACACGCCCAGUUAAUCUUCCUGUAUGUGGUUUGUGCUGUCUGAGAUAACCCACGCAGACAUAGGGAGAACCUAGAACCUUAGCCUUAAUGAAUGUCACAGUGUCUGUCCAUCUGUUGAUGUUUAGACCCCUUAGCAAGCUAUAUUUAUAUAAUACACACAACACUCAGCAGUCUAUGGAGGAGUCCCUCAAAUCUCUACCCAGCCAAAAAUUACAGUUUGUUGUAGUCCAGCUAUAUUGAGUAUUUUCCAUAAUGUUACCCUUUUUACCCAGAGUGCAUCGGUGGAAUGACAAAACUGUGGCAUUGCAUAAGCAGGUCAAAGCUAGUUGUUGGUUGGCUGCUAGUGGUUCCAUUUUUAAAUUUGGUCCCCUCUAUCCAUGGGCAGUCUGGAGGCGCAUUGUACAUUAUGAAAUGUAAUAUAAACCCCCUUUUGCUGGCAGAUAUUUCAGAAUGGAAAGGUGUAUAGUUCUAUUAUAUUCUGCUGAAACAAAGCCUUUUCAGUUUAGAAAGUCUGUAAAUUGUAUUAUACACGCGUAUCCAGGCACACAUUCCGGAUUGUAUUAAAUUCCUGAAAGAAGAAAAGGAAAAAAACUGUAUUUAUUGUACAUAUUCUGCUGCAGAUUUGCAUUAAAGUGCUGAUUAUUCAA